UGCGGCGGGCGCCUCGCAGUGCGGGGCUGUUUCGCGGGGGGUCUCGGAGGCCGCCUUGGCUGGGGAGGCGCGGGAUGGCGCCGGAGGGCCGACGGGCGCUGGCGCUCCUGCUCCUGCUCUCCUUGGCGAGGAGCGGUGGGACGGGGGCGGCCGCCCAGCUGAGCCUGCGGGGCAGCUGGCGGUUGAGCAAUGGGAACGGUUCGCUGGUGCUGAGAGGGGAUGUCCCGGGGUGCGCCCACACCGCCCUGCUCCGGCAGGGGCUCAUCCAGGAUCCUUAUUAUAGAUUUAAUGAUCUGGCCUACAGAUGGAUCGCCUUGGAUAACUGGACCUAUAGCAGAGAAUUCCAAACGCCUUUCGAUGUCAGCAUAUGGAAGAAAGUGAGUUUGAUUUUUGAAGGAGUGGAUACAGUUGCUGAGAUUGUGGUCAAUAACAUCACUGUUGGAAGGACAAACAACAUGUUCAAUAGAUAUAGCUUUGAUAUUACUAACGUGAUCAAAGAGGCCAAUGCCAUUCAAGUUCAUUUCUUAUCUGCAGUUUGGUAUGCUGCAGAGCAGAGUAAAAUUCACCAAGCAUAUCAAGUGCCUCCAGAAUGCCCUCCGCCAGUACAGAAAGGAGAAUGCCAUGUUAAUUUCAUCAGAAAGGAGCAGUGCUCGUUUAGCUGGGACUGGGGCCCCUCUUUCCCUACUCAGGGAAUUUGGAAGGACGUUAGGAUUGAAGCAUACAACCUUUGUCGUCUGAUCUAUUUCUCUGUGACUUCUCAUUACGAGCAGAGCACUCGGCAGUGGAGUCUCAAAAUAGAGUUGGAUUUUGAUGUAGUCAGCUCCAAGCCAGUUGACGGUCUCGUGACUGUGAGCAUUCCUGAGCUGCAGACACAGGAGGCCCAAGCCAUAGAGCUUUAUCCUGGAGAAAGCAGCACGGCGCUGCUCAUAAACAUAAGUAAGAGUGUGGCAUUGGAGACUUGGUGGCCAAGAGGACACGGAAACCAGACCGGAUACAACAUGACAACAGUAUUCAUUAUAGAGGGAGGAUACAAGAUUGAGAAGUUUUCUAAGGUUUAUUUUCGAACCGUGGAACUUGUAGAAGAGACCAUUCCUGGGUCACCUGGCUUAAGUUUUUAUUUCAGAAUCAACAAACUCCCCAUUUUUAUGAAAGGAUCCAACUGGAUCCCUGCUGAUUCUUUUCAAGACAGAGUGACUGCUAAAAUGUUAAAGCUCCUCCUGCAGUCUGCUGCCGAUGCCAACAUCAACAUGCUUCGGGUUUGGGGAGGAGGCGUUUAUGAGCAGGAUGAGUUUUACGAUACCUGUGAUGAACUAGGAAUCAUGAUUUGGCAGGAUUUUAUGUUUGCUUGUGCUCUUUACCCAACUGACCAGAGCUACUUAGACUCAGUAAGAGCUGAAAUUACUCAUCAGGUAAAACGGCUAAAAUCUCACCCAUCUAUUAUUUUAUGGAGCGGAAACAAUGAAAAUGAAGCUGCAAUUGCCAGCAACUGGUUUUCCAUUCCUCAAGCAAAAAUGAGCAUUUAUUCCAAAGAUUAUGUGACACUGUACGUAAAGAACAUUCGAGAAGUUGUUUUUGCUGAGGAUAAGAGCCGUCCUUAUAUUCCCUCAAGCCCUACAAAUGGAUGGAAGACGGUUAAGGAAGGCUGGCUCUCCCAUAACCCUUAUGACACCCAUUAUGGAGAUACUCAUUACUACAACUACCUCAGUGACUGCUGGGAUUGGACCACAUACCCCAGAGCUCGAUUUGCCUCAGAGUAUGGCUUUCAGUCCUGGCCCUCUUUUAGCACCCUCACAAAGGUGUCGUCUGAGGAGGACUGGUCUUACACAAGCAACUUUUCCCUCCAUCGACAGCAUCACGCUAAGGGUAACGACGAAAUGCUUCAACAGGCUGGGCUCCAUUUUAAGCUGCCCCAGGGAACAAACCCGCUUGAGAACUUCAGACACACAAUCUAUCUCACUCAGGUUAUGCAGGCUCAGUGUGUCAAGAUAGAAACGGAGUUCUAUCGUCGCAGCCAAAGUGAGAUAAUCAACGGAGAGGGCCGAACGAUGGGGGCCCUCUACUGGCAACUCAAUGAUAUCUGGCAAGGCCCUUCCUGGGCUUCUCUUGAAUAUGGUGGCAAAUGGAAGAUGCUCCAUUAUUUUGCUCGGCGCUUCUUUGCUCCUUUAUUGCCUGUGGCACACGAAGAUGAAGAUGUAUUCUACAUAUAUGGGGUUUCGGAUCUCCACUCGGAUGCUGAGCUGACACUCAAAGUCAGCCUGCACCACUGGAAUUCUAUGGAGCCAGCGUGUACCAUGGCUAAAGAGGGUGUGGUCAUUAAAGCAGGAAGUGCCAUUGCCAUCUAUAAAGAGCCAAUUGGUGACCUUUUAAGAAGAUGUGGAAACUGUACGAGGCAAAGCUGUGUCAUCACCUUUUAUUUUGCAGGAGAAGGCAAGCUGUCCAGCCCAAACAACUACCAUUUUCUUUCCUCACUGAAGGAUGCGGUGGGACUGCAGAAGCCACAGCUUACGGUUUCCAUUUCCCAAGAGGAAGAUCAGUUUCAGCUUGUCCUGGAAACCACCGCCAUCGCUCCUUUUGUUUGGCUGGACGCUGGAGACAUCCCAGGGACCUUCAGUGACAAUGGAUUUCUUCUCACGGAGAAGCAGAGGAUCAUAUUGUUCCAUCCCUGGGAGAGCACCAGUAUUGUGGAGCUGAAAAAGUCACUCAGCUUAACAUCACUGACAGACAUUUCCUGAGGAAAGCCCUAAAGAAGGCCUAAUGGAAACAGGAAGCUUUUGCCAGAACAGAACUCGCAUGCCUUGGGAGGCACAAUAUGGGACCAUUAAGCAGCAUUCUUGCAGCAGCUUCUCAUACACAUGAGCCUCUUAGUCUGCAAGCAGAUGCUGAGAGCAAGAUCCUUACAUCUUUUAGAGUGAGAUUGCUUUCAAAGACUUUGAGAUCCGUGAAAUGAAGCACGUUGAAUAUCUGAUGCUUUCCAUGCCUUUGAAUUGCAGAGUUUAGAGUCUGUAUUUUAGAUAGGGGGAUGUGCUGCCUUAUAAGUAGACUGGGGAAUUAAUGCAUCUGCGAAGGACCACAGGUGGUCAACAGUGAUAAAAUGCAGAUGCAUUGGCUAAAAAAGGAAAGGCAGGAAGGGGGGGGUAGUGAGCAUACACAGAGCUCCUCCCCCCUCCACAGAGCAAAAGCUGUACAUCACUAGAAGCAGCAGCCAUUCCUUGGAGGAAGGGCAUUCAAGGCAGCAGCUGUGUCUUCCCAGUCAACCUGAAUUCUGGCAACUGUCAAACACUGUCUGGAAGAAGGGCAAUGAAGAAGAGAGAAAGAGGCCUCUUCCCCCCACCUCCUGUUGCCCAGUUUUCCAAGAAUUUUUUGGACCCAAUACUUGUCUUUUUUUAAAAUCAGAAAGAAAGUGUGUGUGCAUAUCCAGAACAGAUUUGUCAUGCCUGCAUUACUCAUUAGAAACAAGUAAAAAUACUUCAUUUUCUCAUUGGGGGCAGGGGGAGGAUUUUAGUUAUUCUACUGUUAUAGGUCAUCAUGAUUCCCUAACUAUAUCAGAGAGGUUUGAGAGGCAAUAGCUGAAUCAGUUCUGCUGCUGCAGAUAUUAUGGACUACCCUUUGCCUGUGCUCUAAGCUCACCCAACGGAAUGUGCCUCAAUAAAAGCCCACUUUUAGCACAGUUCCUGUGA